GUAAACCAAGAUGGCGGCGCCCACGGCCAAAACGUGAAGCUACUUCGAGAAUCGGCUACCACCUGAUAUUUCAUAUAUCAAGCAAGAUGUCGCGAUUGAUCGUCAAGAAUCUCCCGAAUGGGAUGAAGGAAGAUAGAUUCCGAGAACUUUUUGCUGCAUUUGGGAAUUUAACCGAUUGCACCCUGAAAUAUACGAACGAUGGCAAGUUCCGAAAAUUUGGCUUCAUUGGUUUUAGCUCAGAAGAUGAUGCCAAAGCAGCACUGAGCCACUUCAACAAGAGCUUCAUUGACACAUCCCGUAUUUCUGUGGAACUAUGUAAAGCAUUUGGUGAUCCUACUAAGGGAAAGGCAUGGAGCAAGUACUCUCAGAGUAAAAGCAAGGAUGUGACAAAGAAUGAGCGUGUAGCAAAGACAGCAGAAGACAGUGAGAAGGCAACAACAAAGAAGAGUUCCGUUUUGGAGGAUCUGGAAAAAGACAGCGGCUUCAAAGAAUUUCUCAGUGUGCACCAAAACAGGAGCAAGGUAGCUACAUGGGCUAAUGACACACUGGCUGAGCCUAUGGAAAAGGUGAAGAGCCGUUCCCAGGAUGAUUACCUCAACUUUGAUUCCGAUUCUGAACAAGAAUCUGGUAAUGAGAGUGAGGAUGGAAAAAAAAAUGCAGAUGAGAAGCUUGCCUUACAAUCCGAGAUUUCAGAUAUGGACUACCUAAAAUCCAAGGUAGUGAGAGAGCCCUCAACUGCCAUUCCUGAAGAUGAAGAAGAAAAAGAGGCAGACCAAGAGAUAAUCGCUACCAAGAGUAAGGUAGCUGGGUCUGCUGAGAAGAGUAGACCAGGAAAGAAAGAGAAACCACCUGUUCAGAAUGAGCCUACAACACCAUAUACUGUCAAACUGAGAGGAGCACCAUUCAAUGUAACCGAACAAAACGUUCGGGAGUUUCUUCUACCACUAAAACCGGCAGCUUUUCGAAUAGUGCGUAAUACUCAUGGAAACAAGACUGGUUAUAUUUUUGUGGACCUGAACAGUGAAGAUGAAUUACGUAAAGCUCUGAAGAAGAAUAAAGAUUAUAUGGGUGGAAGAUACAUUGAGGUGUUCCAGGUUGAGCAAGGAAAAGAACCACGUCCCUCAGGAAAAUCACAAAACAGACCAUGGGAACAGCGUCAAAAGGAUUCUGAGCUACAGGAAGAUUUGUCCGACUCCGGAAGACUUUUUGUUAGAAAUCUUCCUUAUACCUGUACAGAGGCAGACUUGGAGGCUUUAUUCUCCAAAUACGGUCCUCUCUCUGAAAUCCAUUUUCCAAUUGACAAGCUAACAAAAAAGCCUAAGGGUUUUGCCUUUGUUACAUUCCUGAUUACGGAACAUGCCGUUAAAGCUUAUACAGAGGUUGAUGGACACAUUUUUCAGGGCCGAAUGCUUCAUGUUCUUCCCUCCAAUGUGAAAAAGGAAGAUGAGGGUGAGGUGGGAGCAGAUUCUGGUUAUAAGAAACAAAAAGCUAUGAAGGACAAAGCCAACAGUUCCAGUUCUCACAACUGGAAUACACUGUUCAUGGGACCUAGCUCAGUGGCUGAGGUCAUUGCUCAAAAGUACAACACUAGCAAAAGCCAAGUACUGGAUCAUGAAGGAAAAGGCAGCGUUGCUGUCAGAGUUGCAUUGGGAGAAACCCAGAUUGUUCAAGAUGUGCGUCAGUUCCUUCUAGAUAACGGAGUUUCUCUGGAUUCUUUCAGUCAGGCUGCUUCACCACGCAGUAAGACAGUGAUUCUUGUUAAGAACCUCCCGGCUGGUACUCAGGUGGCAGAACUUCAGGAGGUGUUUGGACGCUUUGGAGAUCUGGGAAGAGUUUUGCUGCCAGAAGGUGGAAUAACGGCCAUUGUGGAAUUUCUUGAACCAACUGAAGCUAAGCAAGCUUUCCGGAAAUUGGCGUAUACAAAAUUUCAGCAUGUCCCCCUUUACUUAGAGUGGGCACCUAUGAAUGUUUUUAGUAGCGCACCUGCUGAGAAGACAACUGAGCCAGUGCAGGUUGGCAAGUUAGAUGAGCAAAGCAAAGAGAGUGUUGAAGAAAAACCAGGAGACAAAGAUAAGUCGGAGGAGUCUGAAGAAGAUGAAGAAACACUUCCAGGCUGCACAUUGUUCAUUAAGAACCUGAACUUUAGUACCAGUGAGGAAACUCUUAAAGAGGUCUUUUCAAAAGUUGGUGCUGUGAAAACCUGUACCAUUUCUAAGAAAAAAGAUAAGCAAGGUGCCCUUCUGUCUAUGGGCUUUGGAUUUGUAGAGUAUCAGAAGCCAGAACAUGCACAAAAAGCUCUACGACAGCUGCAGCACUGUACAGUUGACGAUCACCAGCUAGAAGUUAAACUAUCAGAACGGGCAAUCAGACCAGCAGUAUCCACCAAUCAUAAGAAGCAGGUGAACAAAAAGCAGAAGAGCUCAAAGAUUCUUGUUCGAAAUGUUCCCUUCCAGGCCAUGGUUAAGGAAGUCCAGGAGCUGUUCAGCACCUUUGGUGAACUGAAGACCGUUCGUCUGCCUAGGAAGAUGGCUGGCAGCGGCUCUCACCGGGGUUUCGGCUUUGUGGACUUUGUAACCAAAAAAGAUGCCAAGAGAGCAUUCGAUGCUCUUUGUCACAGUACCCAUCUGUACGGGCGUAGGCUAGUCCUGGAGUGGGCAGACACAGAGGAGAGUGUGGAAUCUCUCAGGAGAAAAACAGCUGAGCAGUAUCAUGGUCUGCCGAAAAAGAAGAAAUCCUCUGCCCUGAUGGAGGAUUUUAUGGGGAGCUUAGAGCCGGAUGAUGCGGAUGAGUAAGAUGUUUCCAUGGCUUUGAAGCCAUUUUCAUCCUUUAUAACAUCUGUGGACGACUGAGUCCCUAUUUCAAGGCCUUCAUUGGACACUGAUGGAAUUGCGUGACUUCUGGCCCACUGUGACUUUUAAUACAAGAGAGCAUUUUAUACCAGAACGGGCGUUACCUGCAGCUUGCUGUCAAUGGACUUUUCUUUUUUUUUUUAAGAUGUGUUUUAAAGAUAAAAUGUAAAAGCACAAUCGUGAGAGCCAUCAUCGGCUUCUGUUACCAUGUAAUCUGUUUAGGGCAUAUAUUAGGUUCCAAGAUGGUUAACAGGGUCAGCCAUUACCCUCUCAGUGCAUUAUGGGACUUGACGGUUCUGACAUGUCCUGUUAAUCAUAGGCCCGGGGGGGCAGUUAGAAGACCUGCUUGUUUAAUUAAAAUAUGCUUUUUCCAUAUUUAUGGUCCUUGAUUCCUUUAAAUAUUGAGAACUUGGGGGGAAAAAAAAACACCCAGUCUAUAGAAAUAUCAUACCGGAGAAAGAGAGAGGCUUAUUCAGAUUUUAGUAUCAGCAUAAUCUUUGUAAAUAUGGGCACAAUGUUCUUUUUUUUUAUGAGUGUUAAUAUAUUUUUAAUGCCAUUUAUUACUAAUAAAAAAAAAUCAUCAAAGUAGAA